AUGGCUUCGUCUAAAUUUUCGGAACAACUGGAUACAUAUUUGAAAGAUAAUAGUGAUAUAAAAAUUUUUGAUUUUCCGAAACAUGAAAAGAACCUCAAAUGUAUUGGUAAAGGAGGAUUUGCAAAUGUAUAUUCGACCACUUUCGAAGGAGAAAAUUAUGCGCUAAAAAGUUUUAAGCAAUCUGAGGAACUUGAUGAGAAUGAGUUUAAAGACUUCAUGAAAGAACUUAAAAUGUUUCAUAAAGUCGACGAUCAUCCCAAUGUCAUAAAAUUUUACGGAAUUUCACGAAAUAAGUUAUUUGAUGAUUUUGCUGAUUCAACAAACAAAGGACUAGAUUUUUCGCAAAUUUCAAAAAGAAUAAGAGAUAUUAUUAAUUUAGAAAAUCAAGACCCGCAAAAUACGUUUAAUUGUCUAUAUAAUAAAGAAAAUAAUAAUAAUUCGGAGUGGCUAUGCCUUCUUGGAUUCUUUUAUUUAGAAGGAAUCGGAACUGAAAAAAAUCAAAUAACUGCACGUGAUACGUUUGAAAAAGCAAGAAAUAACACCAAUGGAAAUUUUAUGGCAAAAUUUUAUCUCGGUGAAUGUCUUAGAAAUGCUUAUGGGACCGAAAAAAAUUUAGCAAGCGCUAAACUAUUGUAUAAAGAUAUAAGGGGUGAAUGUGCAAGAGCAGCUAAUUCUUUAGGACUUUGUUAUUUAAAAGGAAUAGGAUAUAAAACUAAAAAAAAGGCGAUUAAAUGUUUUGAAGAAUCAUACAAAAAGGGCUGUAUUUCUGCACGUAAUAACUUGGGAAACUGUUACCAGUUUGGAAGAGGAACCAAAAAAGACGAAGAAAAAGCAUUUCAAUAUUAUUUAGAGGCCGCUGAAUAUGGCAUUAUAGUAGCUCAAUACAAUACUGCAGAAUGUUUUAGAAAAGGAAUAGGGACGGCAAAGAAUUUAGAUUCUGCAAAACAAUGGUACAACAAUUCAGCAAAAAAUGGACACAAGAAUGCUAAUAAUAAACUAAAUAGCAUUAAUAGGAACCAAGGAGUAGAUAGCAAUCAAAUUUUCCCCCAAUUUCUUGAAAAAAUACACAUUACCCGGUAG